AUGCAGUCAGAGUCAGUGAGAUAGAAGGCUAUUAGAUAUAUAAAUGAAUUAUAAACAGAGGAUGAUGAUUAAUUUCUUCCAUAUAAAUAAGAAAGGGAUCAUAUUGGAUCAUUAUUGAAUACCAAAAGAAAAUCAAAAUCUACUAACUAAUUGAAUAAUAGAGUUAGAAUCAAACAUAUUUAAAGUCUAGCAUCAAUAACUAAAUAAUAACCAUCUUAAUCAACUUAAUAAAAUACUCUUUUGAAACAUAAAAAAGAAAAUAGUGCUCAUAAUUUAGACUUAUCUAUUCUUGUUAACUUGUAACCACCUUCUCCAGAAGAAUAAAUCAAAGCAAAGUAAUACAAAGAUAUGAUGGAAAAGAAAGCUCUUUUAGAAAUGUAUGAAAGGAAAAAAGAAACUAAAGUUAUGAGUCCUGUUUUAGAAUAGAUGAUUGAAAAACUGAAUUCAAGUAUUACACAAGAUAAAUUUGUUUGGAAAAUGAGUAAUGUAGACAAGGGUAAGAAUCUUGGCUAUUUAUUUCAUGAAUCUAAAUUAAGAAAGCAUAAUCGUAAAAUAUAGAAAUUAUAGCCUUCUCUCCCUAAUUAUGAACCAAAUUACUAAGCUAUUCUUCCAAAAUCAAUAUCAAUUCUUAUUAAACCUAGUGAGAAACCUUCUUAUUCUCAAUAAAUCUAAGAAUUCAUAAGAAAAAAUCAGUUAGAUAAGGAAUCUAAUAAACAACCUUAGAGUACAACUUCUAAGAAGGAUAAUACACUUGAGAAAAUGUAUAGUAUAAUAUAGAAUCAAAUUACAAGAGAAGUUAAUCAAUCACUUAUAUCGAAUCCUCAAUCGAUGAAUCCAUUGGAAGAGUUUAGUGCUAAACCUAUUGAAGAUACUUAUAUCUAACAAUUUCAUUUACAAGUAAAAUAAAAAAUGAAAGAAACAAAUAGGGCUAGAAAGAAUAUAUAAAAUAAAAUAUAAGAGUUUGAUUCUUAUUUAUAGAAACACAAUUGA